AUGUCUGCUUCCUUUGUUGCACAGGAAGCACAAGAAGAAUUGGCAGCUGUUAUUUCUCGGCUGAUACAUUCCUUGCAGAAGUCUGAUGCCCAGUAUUUAUUUCUAGAGACCUUCCUUCAGACCAUGAAUCGGGAAUGGAAUGGCAUAGACAGACUGCGCCUUGAUAAAUUUUACAAGCUCAUCCGAAUGGUUUUAAGGCAGUCUUUUGAAAUGCUGAAGAGGGGAAGCUGGGAUGAGAGUCUAGUUGAGCAGUUUGGGUGUAUACUGAGUACCCAAGUGCUGAGUGCUGCCAGUGGUGCUCCAUCAGGAAUUCAGUUCCAUAUCCUGGACAUUUACAUGGAGGAGUUGGCUACAGUUGGAGCAGAGGAGCUCACAGCAGAACAGAAUUUUAAGUUCAUUGAUCCAUUUUGUAAGAUCGCUGCCAAGACAAAAGAUCACCUUCUGAUGCAGGCAAUAGCACAUAGUAUAUUUGAUGAGAUUGUGGACCAGUCUCCAUUUGCCAUUGAAGACUUGAUGAAAGAGGUGCAGCAACAGGGAGGAAAUGUAUCCGAUGACUCAGAAAAUAAAGAUCUCUCCAAGUCGAAAAAAUCAACAGGACGGCAACUAAAUGGUAAAGAAGCAGAAAAAAAUGGGCAGAAUUUUGAAGAUGACUCUGAAGGUACCAUUGAAAUGCCUGAAGACGAUGGUGAGGAUAUUGGGCCUGUUCUUCAGGAUGUGAUAUUGAGCAGCAACAGAGGACAGAGACGAUGUGGGGUUCUGCAGAGCUUCCAGAAUGUGUAUUUCCCUGCCUGUCAGGCCAGCUAUGGUGUGUUGUUCAGUGAAGGACACUAA